AUGCUCUCUUCUAGCAAAGAUGAUCACAACAAGAUGAGCAAUCCGAAGACUUGCUACAAGUGUAGGGGUUAUGGACAUUUUGCUAAUGAGUGUCCAAAUAGUAGAGCUAUGAUUCGUGAAAUGGAUGAUGAUGAUUACGAAGAUGAGAAGAGGGAUUUCGGAGACCCUACAUAUGAUGAAGAGGAUGAGAUUCUAGUUGAAGCCGAUGAGGGUCAAAUCCUUGUUGUGAGGAGGGCACUUCACUCCAUUUCUACCCCUUUGGCGGAAGAGCAAAGGGAAAACAUCUUCCAAACUCGUUGCACCAUCAAGGAUCGAGUUUGCAACCUUAUCAUUGAUAGUGGCUCUUGCACUAAUGUGGCUUCAACAACAUUGGUGAGCAAGCUCAAUCUUGAAACUACCAAUCAUCCUACUCCCUACAAGCUUCAAUGGCUUAACAAUCACAAUCAGGAGAAGGUAACGAAACAAACUCUUCUUUCUUUCUCAAUUGGCAAGCUAUAUAAGGAUGAGGUACUUUGUGAUGUACUGCCUAUGGAUGCUUGUCAUGUAUUGCUUGGAAGAACUUGGCAAUUUUAUAGAGAUGUAAUGCAUGAUGGAAUAAAGAACACUUAUUCAUUCAUGAUGGAUAAGAAGAAGAUUGUACUCAACCCCUUGUCCCCCACCAUCAAACAUAAAGAACCCUUGGAUACGGGAAACACAAUAAAAGAGAACCUUCUCAUUGGGGAAAAUGAGAUGGGAAAGGAGAUAAAUCAAGGACACCUUGUCUUUAUUUUUCUUCUUAGGGAAGCACAAGAGAGGAUCUCAAUGGACCCUAGUAAAGUGGAGGCCAUUCAAUCUUGGCCUACUCCUACUACUCUCACUCAAGCUCAAUGGGAUUUUGAGACCAUCAAGAAUAAAUUGGGUGAGGCUCCAAUCUUAGCUCUUCCGAAUUUUGAUCAACCAUUUGAAGUUGAAUGUGAUGCUAGUGGGGUUGGAGUUGGAGCGGUUUUUGUGCAAGGAGGGAGGCCGGUUGCCUAUUUUAGUGAGAAUCUUGGUGGAGCAAGAAUGAGGUAUAGUACCUAUGACAAGGAGUUCUAUGCUAUGGUGAGGUCUCUUGAUCAUUGGUCACAUUACUUGAGGCCUAGACCAUUUGUUCUACACUCCGAUCAUAAAUCUCUCAAGUACAUCAAUGGUUCUCAUAAACUCAAUGCAAGGCAUGCCAAAUGGGUUGAAUUCCUCCAAUCAUUCACUUUCUCUUCUAAGUACAAGGAAGGGGAGAGCAAUGUUGUUGCCGAUGCUCUUUCUAAGAGACAUUAUAUGAUCACUAUUCUUGAUGCAAAGUUUUUAGGGUUUGAGUUUCUAAAAGAGUUGUAUCGCGAUGAUGAGGAUUUUGGUGGGUAG